AUGGCAUUUCCCUCGAAGCCAUUGACACAGCUCCAUGGCUCAAAUGGCCCGGUCCAUGCACUGGCAUACUCGUCCUCCCCGUCGACAUACAUCCUCGCUGGCUCCGCCGACCGCUGCAUCAGGCUGUACAACCCGUCCCGCCCUGCGCCGGAGACCACCAGCAACCCCCUCGAUCCGCCUCGCGCAACACAGCUGAUCAAGACCUACACGGCACACGGCUACGAGGUUCUGGACAUAUCAGUCGCGCAGGACAACGCGACAUUCGCGAGCGUCGGGGGGGACCGGAGCGUGUUCCUCUGGGAUGUCGCGAGGGGCCAAACAAUCCGGCGGUUUGGGCAGCACAAUCAUGGGCAUAAUGCUAGGGUCAAUAGUGUUACGUUUGCGGGGGUUGGGGAUAGUGUGUUGAUUUCUGGAAGCUUUGAUGCCACGGUGAGGAUUUGGGAUGUUAAGAGUCAGAAUUCCAAGCCCGUUGUGGUGUUGGACGAUGCCAAGGACUCGAUUUCUUGUGUCCUGGUGGGUACGGGCUGGGGCGGGGAGCAUGAGAUCUUGACCGGCAGUGUGGAUGGGAGGGUCAGAUGUUAUGAUAUUAGGAUGGGAAGGCUGCAUACUGAUGUUAUUGGGGCCAGUGUUACCAGUCUGCAAAGAACGAGGGAUGGGAAGGGUGUCCUUGUUGGAGCACUGGAUUCCACCAUCAGAUUGAUGGAUAGAGAUGGUGGUGGACUCUUGAAAGCGUACAAAGCGGACACUUGGAAAAACUCCGAAUUCCGACUGAGGAGCACCUUUGGCGGUAACGAGAGAUGGGUGCUCUGCGGGAAUGAGAAUGUCAACGGAGAUGACGGUGAGGUGGUCGUCUGGGAUACCCUGACGGGAAAUAUCGCGGAAAAGAUUCGUGUUGCCGGCUCCAAAGCUGAAGGCAAGAAGAAAAUCGGCAGAGAUGGGAAAGAGAGGGAGAAACAAAACGUCAUCAGUUGUGUAGCUUGGAAAGAGAACGGCCGCGGAGAUCAGUGGUGUUGUGCCGGCAUCGAUGGCCUCGUUACCGUUUUUGGGUUUGCUUGA